AAUGCUUUGGUAACAAAUAAUGAUGAUCUUGUCUUGUCAAAAAAGGAGACAAAUGAGAGAUAUUUCAACCAGCGUUAAUUGCUUUAUGUAGAGUUUGUUUGUUUAGUCAAUAUCAUAGAAAGUAUAUAAUCUAGGAAAAGCAAACCAUUUAAGCCUAAACAAUUGCUUGCUACAACUUUUAUAGCUACUACCCUUUAAAACAUGUUAAAAAUGGAAUUUGUAAACCCAAUUAACAUGUUCCUGUGAGGUCAUUUGCACCUGCACUCUUCACAUAUUUUGAAGUUAAAAUGUAUUUCCUACUAGCUGCUGAACAAGUUUGGUAACUUCUGGUGAGCUUCACAAGAAAAUAACCGGCCACAGAUUAAUUUGCUGUGACUGAAAAGGACACUAUAACCAACUCCACAGCAGGGGACUGCACAUUGAGUUGUUUGACUUGGAGGAGCGGGUUGCUGAACAUCUAAGGAUUUACCUCUGAAUCUCAUCUUCACUGAGAUGGACAUCAAGACUCCAAAAAGAGUUUACAUUAGCCUUCCAAAGAAACACAUGGUGGCUUUGGCUCAAAAGUAUCAACUGGACCAUGGGUUGGUUAUUAAAGACCUGAACCCCUAUAUAAAUGAAGGAUAUGUAAGAGCUUACUUUAAAGAAUGGGGCACCGUCACAGCGUGUAAAGUUACGCGGAACCCAACAUCAGUGGCCUAUGUGAGGUUUUCUGCAGAGGAUGAGGCAGACAGAGCAGAUUGGGCUGGACCUCACUACAUUGGAGGCGAUGUCGAAGUCAAACGAGUUGUUAGUCCAAAGAUGAAGGAGGAUUCAGAUGAGGAGAAUACCGCAGCUGUUUCUGUCCCUCAACCACGGCGUUCAAUGGGCUUGGGCUACAUCCUGGAAGACGCUCAGUGGUUAGAUGAGGGAAUGGAGAAGUAAACAUAUAGUGCAACAGUGUAAAUGGAUAUUUUUGUAUUGUGUAAAACUGUCUGUAGCCUACUGUGCCUGAAAUAAGAUUAAAAAAAAGAAAAGCAACACAAGGAUUCAUAGCAUAUAUCCUCAGCUACAUAGGAUCACAUAUACUGCACCUGUUUGAUAUUGUUUUAGAUUGUGAGUUGCUGUGAUUAUAAUAUGAUAAUACUAAUUUUAUGUUGUGUCUCAUGACAAAUAUAUACCAUGGGUGAUAAUAAAGUCAGACUCAAUUCUGUGUUUAAUGUUUGUCAAGGGUUAGUGUCAACCUAUCUUAAAGUGUCAUCUCCCUUUUGUUAAGAGACUAUUAAUGAAUUCAAUAUGAUUUUUAAUUAAUAAAUGAUAUUUUAUGAAAACACAGGGAAGUUAUCUUUGAUUCACAUAAUUGUUCUUGAAUAAAUAACUUUCACAGCUUCA